CUCCGGGAAGGAGUGGGUGUGUCCGCGCGUGCGCCCUGGUGGCGGGAGCACGCGGCGCGCGGCAGCUGCGCGGUCCCUCCGGCCCAACGGGAGCGGAGCGGGAGUGGCCGUGGCCGUGGCCUCGCUUCCUUCCCCACGGCGGGGCUAGUGUCGCGGCUCGGCCGCCGCCUGGCUGCCAUGGGCCGGCGGGCGCGGGACCGCCGGCGGCAGCAGCAGCAGCAGCGGCAGGAGCGGGGCGGCGGCGGCGCCGGGGACCAGGCGGGCUGGCCCGGCGGCUACCCCGAGAUCGUGAAGGAGAACGAGCUGUUCGAGCGGUACUACCAGGAGCUGGGCAUCGUGCCCGCCGGCGAGUGGGACGCGUUCAUGGCGGCGCUGCGGGAGCCGCUGCCCGCCACGCUGCGCAUCACGGGCUACCGCAGCCAUGCCAAAGAGAUUCUCCACUGCUUGAAGGAAAAAUACUUCAGGGAGCUGCAGAACCUGGAGGUGGAUGGUCAAAAAGUCGAGAUGCCACAGUCGCUGAGCUGGUAUCCAGAAGAGUUAGCCUGGCACACUAACUUGAGUAGAAAAAUCUUACGCAAGUCCCCACAACUGGAAAAAUUUCAUCAAUUUCUGGUUAGCGAGACAGAGUGUGGAAAUAUCAGUCGUCAGGAGGCUGUUAGUAUGAUCCCACCUCUGCUGCUUAACGUUAGCCCUCAUCAUAAGAUUCUAGAUAUGUGUGCUGCACCUGGAUCUAAGACGGCACAACUCAUUGAAAUGUUGCAUGCAGACAUGAAUGUUCCUUUUCCCAAGGGUUUUGUAAUUGCUAAUGAUGUCGACAACAAGCGCUGCUAUUUGCUGGUUCAUCAGGCUAAGAGAUUAAACAGUCCGUGCAUUAUGGUGGUAAAUCAUGAUGCCUCCAGCAUUCCUAACCUACAAAUAGAUGUUGAUGGAAGAAAAGAGAUCCUCUUCUAUGACAGGAUUUUAUGUGACGUCCCCUGCAGCGGAGAUGGAACCAUGAGGAAAAACAUUGAUGUAUGGAAGAAGUGGACAACACAAAACAGUUUGCAACUCCAUGGAUUGCAGCUGAGAAUUGCAACCCGUGGUGUUGAACAGCUGGCGGAAGGUGGGAGAAUGGUGUAUUCUACGUGUUCAUUGAAUCCUAUCGAAAAUGAAGCUGUGAUCGCAUCUCUGCUGGAAAAAAGUCAAGGUGCCUUAGAACUUGCUGAUGUCUCUUCUGAGUUACCAGGCUUGAAGAGGAUGCCAGGAAUUACAAAAUGGAAGGUAAUGCUGAAAGAUGGACAGUGGUUUGAAGAGUGGAAAGAUGUCCCUUCAAAUAGGCAAACACAAAUACGUCCCACUAUGUUUCCAGUAAAAGAUGAAGAGAAGCUAAAGGCAAUGAAUCUAGAGCGUUGUCUUAGGAUAUUGCCACAUCACCAGAACACAGGCGGUUUCUUUGUGGCUGUGUUAAUAAAAAAGUCUCCCAUGCCAUGGAAUAAACGUCAGCCUAAGGUUCAUCAGAAGUUACCACAAAGAACAGGAGAUACUGAAGUGACAGCAGCUAAUUCAGACAAUGGUUCUGACUGUAUUACUGAAGAACCAAUACUUGCUGAAAAUGAAGAGUCUAAGAAAAUGCAAGGAUUGCAGAAUUCGGACACUGAGCAAAGCAAAAAGGAAGGAGUAUGUGGACCACCACCAUCUAAAAAAAUGAAGUUGUUUGGUUUUAAAGAAGACCCUUUUGUCUUUCUCCCUGAAGAUGAUCCAUUGUUCCUUCCUAUCCAGAAGUUUUAUGCAUUGGACCCAUCAUUUCCCAAGAUGAAUUUACUGACUCGAACUCAAGAAGGAAAGAAGAGACAGCUGUACAUGGUUUCUAAGGAGUUAAGGAAUGUGCUUCUGAACAACAGUGAGAAGAUGAAGGUUAUUAACACAGGGAUAAAAGUCUGGUCUCGCAACAGUGAUGGUGAACAGUUUAAAUGUGCAUUCCGAUUAGCACAAGAGGGAAUUUAUACUCUGUACCCAUUCAUUCAUGCGAGGAUUAUAAAUGUCUGCAUAGAAGAUGUUAAAAUUCUUCUAACCCAGGAAAAUCCAUUCUUAAGUAAAUUUAGCAGUGAAACACAGAAGAAAGUCAAAGACAUGGCAAUGGGAAGUGUAGUUCUGAAGUAUGACCCAGACCCUGAAAAACCUGAUGACCUUCAGUGUCCAAUAGUGCUGUGUGGUUGGCAAGGAAAGACGUCACUCCGUGCCUUUGUGCCCAAGAAUGAGAGACUUCAUUACCUGAGGAUGAUGGGAGUUGAAGUGUUUAAAGCAAAGAAGAAAGAGGAGGAAUUGGAAAACAAAACUGAGGAAGAAGUUCAACAUAAGCUGGCGCAAACAGAAGACGGAAUGGAUGUGGAAGAUAAAGAACACGAUUUAGUCACAAAAAUGGAAGCAGAAAUAGGUGAAGAAUCUUCCCAGAGUCCUGUGGAAAGCAGUGCUAUGGAAAUAGAAAAUAAAACUGAGGAUUUAGAUCAAUCCAGUAAAAAUGCCACCACUCACAUAAGCAAGGAAAGCAAAGGCAUGGAUACAAGUAAUGUGAAAGAUUAGGUUUCUUUUGUAUUGCUUGGCAGCUUCCAUGAGGCUCAUAUCUGACUUUUGCUUUUAGCAUGAAACUGUAUUUUAAAAUUUCGGUUGGAAUGGGAUGUUCCUCUUUUGAAGUUUCACCUAUUUUAUAUUUUAAAUGAAAGCUAUAAAGAGAU